AUGUGUCACAUUCAAAUGUUGCUUUUCGCAAUAAUUACUCUUCUUGUAACAAUCUCCUCCGUCAAGGGCUCGGAAACUCCCCUUAACGAAAAAGAAACUUUCAAGACGCUCAACAGCAUGUACACCAAUGACCUGGUAUGGAGUGAUGAAUGGGCGGAAAAGGCACUGGAUUGGCUAAACUCACCAGAACAACGAGACAGUAUAAAUGCUGAUAUGGCCGUUGGAGGAAGAGGUUUAAUUGUGAAUGCGGACGAGAAAGCAGUCUGGCAAAAAAUACUCGACGUCUUAGAAAUACAUUUUGAUGAAAAGGAAGCAGAAUUUUCUUCACCUUUGCCUUGGGGUAAAAAAGUUAACAAGAAGAAAUUCGCUAGCUACAACGUGUUCCAAUCAACUCAUUCAGUAUUCGAACUGAUAAUGGAUGAAUGCGAUGGAAUGGGAACAAUUGAUCCUAACUGA